AAAAGAUGAAGAGAUAGUGAGAGAGUGAUGUAGUGCGGUGUGACUGAUGGGGAAAAUGCAUCCGCGUAAUCAUUGUGCAAGUUGCAUUUGUGUACCAGCUUAUUAGAGCAAGGAACGGGGAACGAAGAUACGAUGCGGUACGGUGCGAGAAAAUAGAAUCCCUUCGGGCAAACCGCGGUCUGUCACGGUAGAGACGAACGCUAAGAAAGCACACACGAAGCGCACGGCACAGUGAUCAUUCUGGUUCCGUCUUCGGCAGUGGCAAGGCAUACAUUUAUCCAGUAGCUAUAGUGCAGCUGAGCGAAGUGAACCGGACGGAGGGACGUAAUAGUACGACGUCUGGUUUAGUAGACAUCUGUAACAAUACGCCCGCGGACACAGUGGUGUGAACGAAAGGUGGCCAGUGUUUUGCAGUUGUAGUACUGGAGACGAAAACAAACGCAAGGAAGUGGUGAUUGGAGAUUUCUGCAUACAAACGUCGAUUUUCUUACAGCAGCACAAGAGUUCCUACUAUAAUCAAAAUAGCGUUCGUGUCUUUUCCCUUAUUGUGGGUUUAAGAACCAGUACAGUACAAAAUCGGUUAGCCAAGUUGGAAGAAGUUAGCAUCGAGAAUCCUUGUUCUACCUCCCAGCAGAUUCAACACAGAAACGCAAGAUGAGCAACGAAAUAUCGUGCAAGGGAAGCCCAACUUCUAGCGCUAGUGUCCGCGCGAGCCUCGUGACGGACGAGAGCCACUUCAGUCUGGCGAGCCUAAACUCGUCCGUAAGCCAGGAUGAGUUCUUCCGGUGUCGCGAUCACUCCGAUCUGGUGCUGAAACGAAUGCAAGACUACCUCCAGAGUGAGAAGCUUUGUGAUGUGGUGCUGAUCGCUGGCGUCGACGGUCGACGAAUACCAGCCCAUCGUCUGGUGCUCUCAGCUUCAUCUGCGUACUUCAGCGCUAUGUUCACCGGGCAGCUGCGCGAAAGCCAGCAGGAAGAAAUCACCCUGCAGGAAGUGUCCGGAGACGCGCUGAACUCACUCAUCCAGUACUGCUACACCGGUGCGAUCGAAAUCCGGGAGGAUACGGUUGAAACGUUGCUGGCCACGGCGUGCCUUUUGCAGCUCAGUACGAUCGUCGGUGCGUGCUGCAACUUUCUCGCUCGUCAAUUACACCCGUCCAACUGUCUGGGGUUUUCGCUCUUUGCCGAACAGCAAGGCUGCACCGCUCUGCUCAAGUUGGCCACCGCGUACACCUGUCAGCACUUCCAGCAGGUAUGGAAGAAUCAGGAAUUCUUCAUGCUCGACGCUUCCCAGCUGGCAAAUCUGCUGCGUAGUGACGAUCUGAAUGUUCCGAACGAGCAGGAGGUAUUUCAUGCCCUAAUGGCAUGGAUACAGUACGACGCCGAGGGCCGCAAGCGUCACAUUCCGGAAUUGUUGGCACUGAUAAAGCUGCCAUUGCUGCAACCUUCGUUCAUAGUGGAUCACGUGGAAGCUCUCUGUGGUGGAGCGAACGAGUGUCAACAGCUCGUGAUGGAAGCGUUCAAGUGGCAUCUCAUUCCCGGGCGGCGGUCACUAAUCGCCACAUCUCGCACCCGGCCGCGAAAGUCAACCAUGGGUCGUCUGUUGGCGGUCGGCGGCAUGGAUGGUCACAAGGGCGCGAUCAGUAUCGAGAGUUACGAUCCGCGGCUGGAUAAGUGGACGCUGCUGAAGAAUAUGCCAACGCGCCGUCUACAGUUCGGGGUAGCCGUACUGGACGAUAAACUGAUCAUUGUCGGUGGUCGGGAUGGUUUGAAGACGUUGAACACGGUCGAUAGUUUCGAUUUGAACACGAUGUGUUGGAGUACGUUGGUGCCGCCGAUGGGUACUCCCCGGCACGGACUCGGGGUAGCCUUCCUGGAGGGUCCACUGUACGCGGUCGGUGGCCACGAUGGAUGGAGCUAUCUGAACACGGUCGAACGCUGGGAUCCGUCGGCACGCACCUGGAGCUACGUCGCGCCUAUGUCUGCCAUGCGAUCGACAGCUGGUGUGGCUGUCCUCGGUGGACGCUUGUACGUGAUUGGUGGUCGUGAUGGUAGCGUGUGUCAUCGGACGAUCGAGUGUUACGAUCCGCACACCAACAAGUGGACACUGCGUUCACCGAUGAACCAACGGCGCGGUUGUGUAGGCGUUGGAGUUCUGAACGGGUUCUUGUACGCGCUUGGUGGUCACGACUGUCCGCCAAGCAAUCCGGCCGUAUGCCGAACGGACACUGUCGAACGUUACGAUCCGACAACCGAUACUUGGACAUUGAUUGCAUCGCUUAGCGUGGGCAGAGAUGCGAUCGGUGUGAGUGUGCUAGGCGAUUUUCUGGUCGCACUCGGCGGGUACGAUGGCAUCCAGUAUCUGAAAAUCGUCGAGCAGUACGAUGCAGAAACGAACGAGUGGACAUCGAUCGCACCGGUCAACUACAGCCGGGCCGGUGCAUGUGUCGUUGCGAUUCCGAACAGCUUCUCAAAUGCGGCAUCCACAACCGGUGGCGUUGGGCUUCCGUCGACCAGUGCGAAUCCUUCCUCACCGAACAACGCCAUCGCUUCGUCUUCUUCGUCUUCUGCAGUGAAUGUUCCGGUUGCCAACAGUAGCACCACGGGAUGGCGCGGAAGUACCAGUGCCAGCAAUUAUUAUUAUCGCAGACAUUUCCGCAUUUGUGAUUACUACGUGUAGAAAAGAUAGAGAGUGUAAUGUGGUCAAAAAGGCAAUCGAAAGUUUAGUAAGAAAGAUUUCAUAUGUACUCGAAGGAGAAGGAUUUGGAGAUCAGUCAGGAUAUAUGUUGAAGGAAUAUGAAAGAGAUUUGUUGGUAAGAAAUUUAAAGGGAAACAGAACAUGAGAUAGUUUACUUUUCAUUCGCAACGUCGGAUUAACUGUGAUUUUAGUUUUGAUGGAAUGUGUUUUCUCGCCUAACGAGCCAUCGUCUGGCCAACUGUAGAAAGGAAACACGAAAGUGUACAGAUGAUACUGCUCCUAUACACCCACGCACACACACAACCUGAAGAAGCCUUUAGCACAGAACCUGUUUUGCCGUUGCGAUCCAGGAUGCGAUUAUGGAUGCCAAAGAAAGAUGACGUGAUUCGAUUAGCCGAACCUGCCCACAGUGAGAGAUUUAGUGUUUGCAUACUAUUACUACGAAUACUACUAAAGCUGCUGCUACUACACAUUGCUUCCACCGUGCUACAUCGCAAGCAACACCAGCCGCAGACAGCGGAUGAUUUCCGCGGAUGGCUAGUCUGGUAUUCUUCUCGAUGUUGGAGGUUUUCCGUUUUUGAUAUGGUAGGAUGGAUAUAUCUUUUUGAAAUUGUAUUUUUCCUUUCUCUAUAACAGAAUCAAAAACAUGAAGUUAGUGUGUAAACAUAAGCAACAGAUGGAAUUAUAAAUAAACAGACACUUUCACAG